GGUUUGCGUGAUGGAGUAAUUUCCUGAGCAGCCCGGGUGUGAGCACCUUCCUCAUUCUGUCAGCGUCGUCGCUCGGCUUCUUUGAAAACCUCAAACCGUGGACGCAGCAGCUGGAUGGACGUGUUUCUGGGGGGUUUAGAAGAAGCUGAUUCGUGUCUCCAGCCGGUGAGAUGGACGUCAAAGUGCAGCUCUCCGUCUGGACGCUCUGGAGCUGCUUCUUCACCGUUUUCUCUGCCGAGGUGACGGUGACAAACUCGGACCUGAAACCUUGUCGAGAAAACAAGCGAGUUUGUGCGACGGAGCCGAAGGACUGCCGCCGUCUGGCCGCUGCAGCCACACUCGAGCCUCUGGACGUGUCGUGUUUCUACCAGCAGUCCUCAGACAGACGAUCGGUGACCUGCAGCUGGACGCGGGAGUUGGACCGGAACUCGGAGGCUUCGCUCAUCUUCACACGCGGUGGCAAUGUCUCGUUCUGUCCGGGAAUCUUCAACCCAGCCGCCGUCCUGAACGUCACCGUGAGGACGAGGAACUACUUGACGGGAGAAGAAACCUGGUCUCAGCCUCACACCAUGUCUCUCAACAAAGCAGUUAAACCCCCGCCGCCUUCGGUGGUGCUGCUCAGCUCCUCUGAGGACUCUCUGGUCGUGUCGGUGAACAGCAGCAGCGACGGCAGCUGCAGGCUUCGGUAUAAACUCAACGACACUCGCAUGUGGACUCUGGCUCCAGAUCCAUUUUCUGUUGCCGCUCGUCGUCAGCUGAUUGUCACCAUCAAACCCCUGCGGACCUUCAGCCUCUACAGAGCUAGCGCCUCCUGCAGGCCGCCGGACGGCGUCUGGAGCGACUGGAGCUCCAACAUCAGCGGGACGACUCUGGACAGAGCUCCCUCGAAGCCUCCAGAUGUGUGUUACAGAGUCGAGAAAAGAGAAUCGGAUGGAAGUUUUCGGCUUCGUCUCAUGUGGAAGGCCCCUGACCCCGACGAUGCUGGAGGCCGUAUCCUUGGUUACCAGGUGCGCUGUGGCGGGCGGGUUCACAACGUUACCGGGACGACAGCGCUCCUGGAGGCAGAGGAGGGGAACUGCAGCGUCGCCGCCUUCAAUACGGCCGGAUAUUCUCCUGCUGCACACCUGAGUGCCGACGCCCAGAGACGAGGAGGCGAGUCCCUGAUCCACACUCUUCCCUCCGUCAGGAACUUGUGGGUUUCCAGCUCGUAUCCGGACCAAGCAGCUCUUCUGGUCCAGUGGAAGCCUCCGUCCUCUGUCCCACCAGUCAGCCACUUCAACCUUCAAUGGAGCUCCGAGUCCGAUCCGUCCGUCAGCCGCUGGUCCACCGUGGACGCCUCCGCCUCCUCCGCCGUCAUACGAGAUGUGGACUCGGCUGAAUCUUACCUGAUCACUGUGACUCCUGUUCACCAUCAACUCUGUGGACGACCUCAGUCUCUGCCAGCUGACCUGCAGCACGGAGCUCUGUUGGAGGUGGUCGGUCUGAAAGUCGCUGCUGUGAACAAAACAACAGUAACCGUGAAGUGGGCGUGGCAAAGGGGGUCUGGACCAAUCAGAGUGCGGCGCUACAGAGCGAUGCUGAGGACGGACUGUGACAGUCAGAGUGUGUCCCUGUGGCCCGACCAAUCACAGCACGCCUUCUUCAACCUGACGCCCAACACGCAGUAUUCUCUGCUGCUAUUGGCCGACAACGUCACCAAGAGCAUCAUCCCCGUGACGACAGAUUUCGAUGAGCUUCCAGCUGUGGCCACGGCGACGCCUCUGCUGCUGCUGGCUGCUGCUGUCUUCAUCGUCUCCAUCCUCUCCAGGACUGUGUACAAGUCGUACUUCUUCCCUCCGAUCUCCAGCCCCCGAGGAAGCACCACAGGCCAGUGGCUGAUGGACCCAAACCUCCAGAAAUGUUCAGAGAGAAACGUCCUGCUGAUGGAAGACUUCCAGGUGACCGAUGUUCUCGGAGAGAAAAGUCUCAUCACGGUGAACCCGAAGUCUCAGCCGUCCUCAGAGGAGACCGACGAGGACUCGUGUCAGCCCGUCCAGCUGUCCGUCCAGCUGUCCACCCUCAAACUGGACUCUGAGUACGUCUCUGAAGCCGCACAGACCUCAGAUCGGCAGCAACAUGAAGCUCACAGCUGGUUUCAUCAGAAAGAGGACGAGCAGGUGAACGCCUGCGAUGCAGGGAGGCGACGCUUUGAUGGAUUCUUAGCCGAGACUCAGCAGACGACCUGUAAGGAGGAAUUUCUGCUGGACUCUGAAGCAGAAAACGAACCUGGCGACGGAUCGUAUCUCAUCUGCGAGGCGGAUUAUAUCACCAACAGCUGCUUCGGGACAAAUGAAGACAAAAGCUUCAGCGGCGCUUGAGCUCAGCAGUAGAUGAAGGGCUGUUAACAGAGCUGGUGAAGCGCUGUGACGCUACACUGCAGAGAAUAAAAGUCACUACAGGUAGACUCAAAGUGUCCAGAAUAACGCAUAAACCAAACACAAAGAGACAGAACCACCUAAAAAGAAACAAACAGAUGUAAAACCACUGAAACCUGAGCCACAGUGGUCACAAAAAGCUCAAAACAGCCAAAUAAGAGAUGCAAAACAACUGUAAAGAGGCUCGAGAUGACCAGACAGAAUGAUAAACCAACACAAAAUGAGACGCAAAAUGAGCACAAGUAGAUGCAAAAUGGCUUUAAAGAGACAAACAUGCACCCAGUGACGUGUAAAAUAAUCACAGACUGGUGGAACUGGCUAAAAACAGUCACAACAAGAUAUAGAACCGCUGCAAACUGCUCAAUAAAUAACCACAAAUAGUCUCUGAAGAAAGGUUAAGGGGCUGUUAUCAGAGCUGGUGUGGCCUCUAGUGGCUGUAAAGUUACACUGCAGACAAUAAAAGUCACUACAAGAUGACUCAAAGUGUCUGGAACAAUGCACAAACCAAACACAAAGAGACAGAACCACCGAAAAGGAAACAAACACGUGUAAAACCACUGCAACCUGAGUCAAAGUGACUCAAAACAGGCUUGUAAAAGGUGCAUAGUUACUACAACAAAGAUGCAAAACAGCUCAAGAUGACUGGAAAGAUCUGCAAACCAACACAAAUGAUGUUAAAAGGACAAAAAUAAAUGUCAAACCAGCGCAAACUGAGUCAAAAAUGACAAUAAAGACUCCAAACGACUGCAUAGAAACUGUAAAUGAGAUGCAAAAUGGCUUCAAAGAGACACAAAUGCACCACAACCAUCCGUAAAGUGACUGCAAAACAAUGGACCUGGCUAAAAACACACACAAAUAAACAGAAAACGACUGCAAAAUGACUCCCAAAGAAAGAUUAAAGGCACGUUAGCCAAGCUAGUGUCACCUCAUGGCUGUAAAAUUCCACCGCAGUGAAUUAGAGUCACCACAAAGACACUCAAAACAGACACAUAAGAGAUGCAUAACAACACAGAGCUGCAAAACAACUGUAAAGAGACUCAAAAUGACCAGAAACAUCUGCAACCCAACACAAAGUAAGAUGCAAAAUGAGCACAAAUAGACAGAAUUUAAUCCAAAAUGAGAGUAAAUGCUCAGCUAACGUCCCUUCAGUCCUUUCUUUGGACUCUCUGUGGUCACUUUGGAUCGGUUUGCGUCGGUUUUACGUCGACUCGUCUUUAGAGUCAGUUCCAUCUUUUUGUGGACUCGGCAGAUUCUGUCAUAUUUCCAGAACACCUUUAAUAAACCUUUGAAAGAACCAAAGUG